AUCAACACUACGGACGGCGGCGAUCUCCCCGCCGACGUGGGCGAACGGCUCCACGGCGAUCGGAUGGCCACGAGCGGCCGUCGCCUACCCUCCCACAGUCCCACUCCCACACUAGUCCUUUUCCCCUGACGUGGCAGCGGCAAGUGCACCCAAACGUUUCGAUAUCCCAGAGUGGUGUGGCCGCCGCCGGCGGCUUCUUUCUCCCCUUCCAUUCCGCUCCCCGUGACGUCACCGACCAGGCAAGCACUCCGCUCCACCAGAGCCGCCUCGCCUGUCUGUCCGACCCACACACCUACCGGAGCGCGCGUCCCGAGGUCGGCGGAGCAGGGUCGGGAGGAGGGUAUGGCGGUGGUGGGCGUCCUCGCGCUGCAGGGAUCCUACAACGAGCACAUGGCCGCGCUGAGGAGGAUCGGGGUGAAGGGGGUGGAGGUGCGCAAGCCAGAGCAGCUCCUCGGCAUCGACUCGCUCAUCAUCCCCGGUGGCGAGAGCACCACCAUGGCCAAGCUCGCCAACUACCACAAUCUGUUCCCUGCACUUCGAGAGUUCGUCGGAGGUGGAAAGCCUGUCUGGGGAACCUGUGCUGGGCUCAUCUUUCUUGCAAACAAAGCAGUAGUGUUGCUUUCAGGGCAAAAAACAGGGGGGCAGGAACUUGUUGGAGGAUUAGAUUGUACAGUCCACCGAAACUUUUUUGGGAGUCAGCUUCAAAGCUUUGAGACAGAGCUUUCCGUGCCAAAGCUUUCGGAGAAGGAAGGAGGGAAUGAUACAUGCCGCGGUGUAUUUAUACGGGCACCUGCUAUAUUGGAAGUAGGUCCAGAUGUUGAAAUAUUGGCGGAUUGCCCUGUUCCUGUUGACAGACCCAGCAUUACAAUAUCAUUUGGGGAGGGUACUGAGGAAGAAGAGUAUUCAAAAGAUCGGGUAAUUGUUGCAGUGCGGCAAGGGAACAUCCUCGCAACUGCUUUCCACCCAGAAUUGACAUCAGACUCCAGAUGGCAUCGUUUCUUCUUGGACAUGGAUAAAGAAUCCCCAGCAAAGGCGUUUUCUGCGCUCUCCCUGUCGUCAUCGUCAAGAGACACUGAAGGCCUGCCAAAGAAUAAGCCGUUUGAUCUGCCCAUUUUUGAGUAACGCUAAAGACAAGACAAACCAAAAGAUUGAAGGAACGAAGAAACUGACCGUAUUUAUUAUCGAUCAUCAUUUAGCCGGUUACAAAAACAGCCAGCUGAGAAUCUGUCAUACUCAGCCGAAAAAAGUGUUGUCUGGUAGCUAACUUGUACGGAUAAAAAAUAAUCACGCUGUGUGCUGUACGCAAUUCUCAUCAGAUAAAGCGAAACAUUGUUUUCCUGGGAAUUAUAGUUUUGCUGAAGGUGACCAGUUGAACACUUGAACAUGGUAAUACUUUCCCCCUCUA